UGCCGAAAAAACAAGUUAAAGAGUCCAACCAGGUAAGAAAUAAAGUCAAAGACCUGUGUGUGUAACUCUGUAGAAGAAGAUUCAUGUUUCUUCAUAAAAAGUUCUGUGAAAUCUUAAAGACAAGAAUUUAGGUUUGGGUGUCGGAAUUGGAAAAAUGGAUCAUCAUCAUCACAAUCAAUGGCGUAUGAGGUUUUCUUUCAAGAACGCCACAAUUGCUCUCACUAUCGUCAACGUUCUCAUCUUCCUCUUCCUCCUUCAGGGCUUUUUCACUUCCUCCUCUUCUUCCUCUCGCCGCAUCGUUUCAGCUCAGCUUCGGUAUAUCAAGGAAGCUGAAGAGCUUAGGCUCAAGAUGCAACCUUUAGAGCUCAUCAAAAGAGUCCGAGAAAUCGAGCAGGAGGCAGCCGCAGGACAAGAAACCGAGCAGCAGAAAGAAGUGAAGCAGACUACAGCUGUUGAUCUCUCUAAACGCCUUAAGGAUUUCCGUGCGCUAAACGACGCAUCAAGCUUGAAAGCAUUGGAAGAAUGGCGAAAGCGGAAAAUGGAACGAGCAAGGCAACGGGAUCUUGGGAAAACUGGGGGAGUUUCGUCCAUCAAAACAUAAUUAUAUAAGUAAUUAAUCCUCAUAUUAUCAUCUGGCUGCUGCUAUAUAAAAGGAUUUAACAUUAUGUCUCAUGAAAAAUCAUGUAAGUGUAAUACACACACCUACACAAAAUCUGUCAAAAAAACAGGAGCAAGAAAAAGAAAGGAAAGGAUCUAUAAUGUUGAAUGUUUCAUACAGUUAACCUGUUUACACCAAAAAACUAUAAUGUGUACAGUAUUUUUAGUCAAUCGAUCCAAUACCGUUCCUAAUUA